UUCCCAAUCCUCAGCUCGAUAUAUCUCCAGGCUUCUAAAACCCAAAAACCGUGAACCCUUCUCCAGUAGAGUUGCAUCAGAGCCAGGAUUUCAGUCCGAGAGAGAGAAAUGGCGCUCAGAUCCGGACUACUGAGGCGAUUUCUAUCGACAUCGCCUUUCGCUUCGCAACCUACAGCUGCUGCUGUUGUUCAAUCGCCUGCUCCCGACCCUUCCACCAGCCUCUUCGUUUCAGGACUCAACAAGCGGACCACAUCUGAGAAGCUAAGAGAAGCCUUCUCUAAAUUUGGUGAAGUUGUUCAAGCUAGGGUGGUAACUGACCGAGCAUCAGGAUAUUCAAAGGGCUUUGGGUUUGUCAGAUACUCCACGAUAGAAGAGGCGGAUCAGGGCAUAAAGGGAAUGGAUGGUCAGUUUCUUGAUGGUUGGGUGAUUUUUGCUGAAUAUGCACGACCAAGGUCUCCGCUGGGGCAAGCAACACCGUCUGAAAAUACUAGCCAACCCACUAUUGAUCAAUCUGAUUAUAGAUCUGCAAUGGAAGCUCUGGCAAUUGUUUUAAUGGCUAGGCUACAUCUAUUUUUUCCCCUUGUAUUUUCCAUAUUCCCUGGACACUUAAAAAGUUAAUCGUUAUAUGUGUAUCAGCACAUUAUACAUACUAAUAAGUUAUACAACCUUUUAUCUGCUAUAUUUAUAUUUAUUAAAAAGAAAGAAAGAACUUUUUAUCUAUU